AUGUGUAUUGUGUUGUCGGUCUGUGGAUGAUACAAGGACAUUAAAAUAUCACGUUGUAUCAAGAUGGAUUAUCAAAUGCGAUUACAAAAUCAUGUUGCAUGCCUAUUGAUAAUCAAAUGGCAUUUGUGUAUUAUGUUCUAGGUCUGUGGAUGACAGAGAUAAACCAGCGGCACUUGGACUCAAUACCUGUCUAGGAUCCGGUCUAGCCUGGGGGUUAUCACCUAUACUGUAUGGGAAGGUGCUAGAUGCUUCCUGUCUUAUUUGGCAGUAUCCCUGUUCCUCGUCCGGAGCAUGCGAAUUGUAUGACUUUAGAAGUCUACGACUCUCAUUCCAUGGAACUUCUAUAGCGAUGAAAUUCGCGGCUUUGGUGUGCACCAUUUGUUUGGUCAUCUUAACGAGAAAUUGGCACGACUGGAAGUAUUCCAAAAAACCUGAGCCACAAAGGUCAUAUAUUGUUAUGACAAACGCCAGUCGCGAGCAACAGAAUCCAGUUGAGGACUAACAUUAAUCAUGAUGCGAAGAAAUUUUAUUUUUCUCUUGUUUGCUAAUUCAUUUAGAGAAGGGUGAUUUUCAAAAGCACAUGGUAGACAAGGAGAAAGACAAAGAUAAAAUAUUGAUAUUUCAAAACAUUUUAACUAUCAAUAAAGCACUUCUUUCCCAUUAUGAGUUAAUGGAGUUUUUCCCCCUACAAUAUCAAACAUUCUUUAUAUCCUUACAGAAUUUUCAACAUUCUCAUUUAAAAUCCGCUUUCCCGGGUUAUGAUUUUUUCUCUCUGCAAUGCCAUGGGUGCUUAGGUUCAGGACCCCCCCCCCUUCCGAAUAAGCUACAUGAGUUGAUUUAAUUUUAAUUUUUUUUUAGUGAAAAUAUUUUUCUACAUGUAAUACAUGUCAACAACAUCUUGCAUACCCCUGGAGUCCAAAAUAAUUCAAAAUAAGCCCUUUUAAAAAAAAUACCCUCACUGGUUAUCUGUUAUGAUAACCAGUGAGGGUAUUUUUUUUUUUAAAUAGGGUUUAUUUUGGACUCCAGGGUAUGCAAGACGUUGUUGACAUGUACAGGUACCUAUAUACUAAUAUAGGUCCCUGACACGUAUCAGAAAUAUUUUCACUAAAAAAAAAAAUUAAAUCAACUCAUGUAGCUUAUUCGUAAGAGGGGGGGGGGGGGGGGUCCUGAACCCAAGCACCUGUGUGCAAUGCUAGCUAACUUCAUCAUCCAAUAUAACAAUAAAAAAGCAAACUACACGAUUGUUUCUGAAUGAAAGAUCUUCAUGGCACACGUUCGAUCAGUGAAACAAACUACUUGCGAUAUGAUUUCCAAAUGUCCCGACCUAAUUAAGGAUCUUGAUUAUUGACUCAUUAAGAUGAAAGGACAUUCAUAAGACAAGUCCGGGACAUUUGUACAUUGUAUCUUCUCUAUUCGGGACGUUGAAUCAUUUUAGUACUAUAUAUAGAGGGGGUACAAUGCAGGUCACGCGGUCUUCCGAGAAAGUAAAGCGAAAGUGAUAUUGGUUUUCAGAAACAGAUUCAUUUAGAAUUUCAAAAAGCUUAAAAUCUAUGAUGUAACGAUAUAUUUUUAAAUUUUUCUGCUUAUACAGGGUACGAGAAAGAAAUCCAGGCUUAUCCCUGUUUAUUAUAUUCUGCGUUAGCCACAAAACCUUUUUAUAUACCAUAUCCAUAUGGUCAAUUGAUUUUUUACACGAAGAACUAACAUGUCUGCCAAAAAAUAUCGUCCUGCAUAUCGCAGCGAGCGGGACCGGAAGAUAUUCAAAUCAGUGUUUGACUUCCGUCCUGAAGGACACCAAAUUAUAUAUACAGUCAAUCCAAUUUUGAGACAGUCCUCGCAUUACGAUCACAUUAAAAAGCAUAAACAGAAAAUGCCUACUUUUGCAUACGCACUGCUGAUCAAACUACCAAUAUAAUUGUAUCUAACACAAAAUGACCAAUCUCUAAUCAAACAAUCACUUAAAUCUUUUCAAGAUUAAUAGGUAUGGUAUAUCUUUGAACAGAUGAUGUUUACAUGAACAAAUGAAGAUAACGAACAGUUAUCAAUCUCAUAUAUCUUAUAAAGUAUACUAAAUUAUGAGAGGGGCAAACACGGACACUUGGACAUACCAGAGGCGGGACCUGGUGCCUGGAGAAGUACACAUAAGCAUCCUCUGUUGACGGUCACACCCGCUGUGAUCUUGAUGAAGCUAAAAAGAUUCAUCAAUAUGGGACACGAUACAGACUUUCUGAGCAUUGUUAACAUGAACGCUGCCGGUCGUAAAGGUGGUAAAUUCAUGGAUUUUCGGAAGUUUAGUCUUCACAGCAUUGUAGAAAACGAAAAACCGAAUCUUCUAUUCUUGCCGGGCGACAAUCCAGAUCCUGACACGUUGGCCAAAAUGGAAUACGAAACUCUGGCUUUGGAUCAAGCAGAACAGGACACGGUGAUGCUCUACGAUGUUAAUCGUCUACGACUGAGCACGAAAUCUAAGCUACCGGAUAUCCCGAUACAAGGAGUGGAGCACGGGAAGUAUGUGGCUCCAAUGGUACAGAUCCUACCCCCACAACCACGAGACCAAACAUCUGUGGUCAAGGAAUUCGUAUGUGUAUCUUGGCAUUAUUCUCUCACAAUCUCAAACGGGUCACAGAACAUUUUCGAAAUUGGACGCAAAAUGAUGAUCUAUGCAGAAUUCAUGGCUUGGGUUUCGGGAAGUGAAGUUUUGAUUGGCGGGGAUUUUAACCUUGAAGAAAGGGAUCUCCAGAUACUGAUCACAGAACACAAUCAGAGGAUACAACAGCACGUGGAUGAUCUUAAGCCGUUCUUUGAAAGCGAGUACGGUCUGAUGCCAUGCAUGACAGAAGCCUCACAGCGGCCCACGAGACGUCAGCGCCAACUCAAACUUCACAAAUGUAAGAAAUCAAGGGCUGAAAAUUUCUUCAUUGCAUCCAAAGAAAUGCAGCUUUGUCGCACGAGGAAUGUCCAACUGGACAGACUCACGUACGGCGCCACCGAUCUAAAGUUGAAGGUCGCCACUAAAUCGCCUGAAUUUUACCCUGACCCGACCUACACACAGCAGGAAUACCAUCGUGGUCGCCCGAAGACUUGUACAGCAGAUAGGGUUCGAUAUUCCGAAUAUUGCCCUGCUCCAUCGUUCACCGAAAUGUACAUCCCGUCACGCCCUCCAAAACAUCACGGAGGAUGAACUCCAAGCUUGAAAAUGUUUCUGACGAACCGUGAAAAGCAGCUCUUCGAAACGAAAAUGUGAUGAAUCGAUGACAAGAAUCAUAAAACACAAUAAAAAGCCAAGUUUGUCUUUCAUAAGUAGCUAUUUGUAUCAUUGUCAUAUCUGUAUUCAAAUAUUAAAUGUACGCGAUGCACAGUAUCAGCUAGAGUUGUGAGUUUUGAUAAUGAUUACAACAAUGGAACUACGUUUGUGAAAAUGUUUUUGUGUUGAAAAUAUCAAUGUAAUUUCUUAUCGAAAUAAAUUAUGUAUCAAGUA